AUAUUUUAUUCAUUUUCUCACCAAUGCCUUGCACAAAAAUUCAAACUCCGUCUCAACGAUUAUUACCUGACGCGCCACGAUCCGUCCCUGAAGAAGCCAUUUUCGAACGAUGGAGCCGCCUAAGUCAGAUAUCGAAGUGAAGAUUGCGCAGCCGAUCGUCGAUCCGAAAGCUGCGGAUCAAGGACAGAAGAAGGGAGGCGGCAAUGCGAGCAUCGAGAUGAAAGGGAGCGACCCAACAGCGGCGCAACCGCCGGUUCGAACUGGAUCGAAGAAAAACGUCCAUUGGAGCCCCGAAUUGGUUUCCGGGUCUCAGGAACCGGAUCAUUCGUCUUACCCGGCCGGAUCUAAUCCGUACAUUGCUCGUUCUCCCCCAGAGACUUCGUUAAAAGAUACGAUGGAGUCUGUGAAAGGAGCGCUAGGGAGAUGGGGAAGGAAAGUUGCUGAAGCUGCCAAGAAGACGGAGAGCCUCGCCGGGAACACGUGGCAGCAUCUGAGGACUGCUCCGAGUUUUGCCGAUGCUGCUAUGGGAAGAAUUGCGCAGAGUACCAAGGUUAUUGCAGAAGGAGGGUACGAGAAGAUUUUCAGACAAACCUUUGAGACCGAUCCAGAAGAAGAGCUGUUGAACUCUUUUGCAUGUUACUUGUCCACCUCGGCUGGCCCUGUUAUGGGAGUUCUUUAUGUAUCCACUGCUAAGCUUGCUUACUCUAGUGACAACCCUUUAUCUUACAAAAAUGAUGGUCAAACCCAAUGGAGCUACUACAAGGUAGUUAUACCAUUACAUCAACUUAAAGCAGUGAACCCAUCAGCAAGCAUAGUGAAUCCUGCCGACAAAUACAUACAGGUGAUUUCGGUAGACAAUCAUGAGUUCUGGUUCAUGGGUUUCUUGAACUACGAAGGCGCUGUCACCUCUCUGCAAGAAUCUUUGCAAGACAGUGGUUUACGGUCAGUGUGAGUGAUUGAUACACACACACUUGGUGGAUUCUUUGAUGACCAUUUUAAGCCUAUUGAUGAUUGAGAUACUCUCUCUUUUUUUUCUUUUUUUUUUGCUUAGUUAUUAUGAUUACAGAAGACUCGAUUAACAUUAUUUGCAUCAAAUAUAUAAUCUCUAAAAUUCUUUUUGCUAUAUUAUGUCUGUCUUUUGUGCCAUAUCGUUCCAUU